GAGCAUACAUAAAGAGGUUCAUUUCCAAGGUUGAUAUUAAGAAAAAAGACCAGACAUUGUUGUUUAUAUCAGUGGUUUCACCAUGAUUUCCCUGGCAGAUGUUUAUCAUGUGGUGGCAGCCACUGUCCCUUUAUACUUCGCCAUGAUUUUAGCCUACGUAUCCGUGAAAUGGAUGAAGCUGUUCACCCCAGAACAAUGCGCAGGCAUCAACAAGUUCGUGGCCAAAUUCUCAAUCCCACUCUUGUCCUUCCAAGUCAUCUCCGAAAACAACCCUUACAAGAUGAACCUCAAACUCAUCCUCGCCGAUUUCCUGCAGAAGCUACUGGCUUUCCUCGUUCUGUUUGCCGUCACUAAGCUCACUUCCCGUGGCGGUUUGCCGUCGAUCAUAACCGGCCUCUCCUUAUCGACGAUGCCGAACACUUUAAUUCUCGGAAUCCCACUGUUGAGGGCCAUGUAUGGAGAUAUGUCGGCCACCCUUUUGGCUCAGAUUGUUGUUCUACAAAGUUUAAUUUGGUAUAAUUUGCUCUUGCUUUUGUUUGAGCUAAAUGCUACCAAAGCUUCCUCUGAGACCGUAGCAGCUGCUUCAGGGGACGAAGAGCACCCUGAAGAAGAACAAGGGAAAGAGGGAGGAGAAGAUGCGGCACAAACCAGAGCAAAGAAAUCCAAAGCAAAGCAGAUUUUCAUGACAGUGGGGAAGAAGCUAAUGACGAACCCAAAUACACAUGCAACCGUACUGGGACUUAUAUGGGCAAGCGUUCAAUUCAGGUUGGCUUUUCAAUUCCCUGCCAUUGUUGAAAAAUCAAUAGCGAUACUAUCAAGUGGAGGACUUGGCAUGGCGAUGUUCAGCUUAGGUCUGUUCAUGGCAUCACGGCCAAGCAUAAUAGCCUGCGGUAUUCGAAUGGCAGCCGUAGCGAUGGGGAUGAAAUUCAUGGCCGGACCAGCUCUAAUGGCAGCAGCGUCUACCACCCUCGGACUUAAAGGCAGAUUAUUGAGAGUGGCAAUCGUGCAGGCUGCUCUCCCUCAAGGAGUCGUUCCAUUUGUUUUCGCCAAAGAGUACAAUAUUCAUCCUGAUAUAUUAAGCACAGGGGUAAUCUUCGGUAUGCUCAUUGCCUUACCUGUGGCAUUGGUGUACUAUCUUCUUCUAGGAUUUUGAAGAAAAAAAAUUCCUGGAAAAUGCUGCAAUUUUUUUUUCCAGAAUCAGUAACCAGACAUCAAAUUCUGGGAAAGUUUCAUAGAUGGAUAUCAUAUACUUGUAGACGUCCAAUUCAGUUUCUGAAAAUUGUUUGACAUUGUUGAUUGUUUCCUGGGGGGGAAACCAUCAUUUAUACAAGU